AUGUCGAGAAGCUCAUACGACAGAUUUUUGACAAUCUUUUCGCCCGAGGGAAGACUCUAUCAAGUCGAAUAUGCCUUCAAAGCGAUCUCCAAUUCCGGCCAGACUUCUGUGGCUAUCAGAGGAAACGACUGCUGUGUCGUCGCUACUCAAAAGAAAGUCCCUGACAAACUUCUCGAUCCUAGCACAGUUACACACUUGUUUAAGAUUACUCCCGGUAUUGGUUGUGUAAUGACUGGGCUAAUUGCUGACGCAAGAGCUCAGGUCUCCAGAGCUCAAUCAGAAGCCGCUGAAUUUAGAUAUCAAUACGGGUACGAAAUUCCUCCGGAUAUGCUGGCGAAAAGGCUGGCGAACAUCAAUCAGGUUUACACGCAAAGAGCUGCCACCCGCCCCUUAGGCAUUGUUAUGAUUUUGAUAGGUAUCGACUCUGAACGAGGACCCCAAUGUUUUAAGAUCGACCCAGCCGGAUACUUCGUCGGGUACAAAGCCACGGCCGCAGGGACCAAACAGUCCGAGGCGGCCAACCAUCUCGAGAAGCAGUUCAAAAAGGAAGGCCCAAAUGCAGUCAACUUGAACGGAAAUGGGGCAAUCGAAUUGGCGAUCACCACUCUGAAUACCGUCCUCGCUACCGACUUCAAGGCUACUGAGAUCGAGAUCGGUGUCGUGACCAAUGAGAACCCAGAGUUCAGAGUCCUUUCAACGGAGGAAAUCGAUACUCAUCUGCAACGCAUUGGGGACCAAGACUGA